AUGAACCUGGCUAAAAAGAAAAUUGCUAAAUCUCCUAAAUGUCCAAUAUGCAAAACAGAGGAAGAAAAUGUGGCACAUACUUUAUGGAAUUGUUCUUCAGCAAUGGAUGUGUGGAGUCAUGCUCUAUCUGGCCUACAAAAAUGUUCAAUCAGGUAUGUAAACUUCAGUGAGUUAGUCGAGGCAUUAAUGUCAAAUUAUGAUCAAGAUAUAAUGGCACUUUUUGCAAUAAUAGCAAGGAACAUAUGGCAUAGAAGAAAUCAGUUUGUAUUUGAAAAUGCUUUCACUCAUCCUAAUACCUUAUUCAAGACAGCAGGGAAGACAUUAGAAGAAUAUAAAGCUGCACAGCAAAAACAAAUGAGGCAAAAUAGAAGGAAUGCAGAGAUAAACAACAGAUGGCAACCUCCACCAAUAGGGGUAACCAAAAUUAACUGGGAUGCAAGUCUGAAUGAAGGAAGAGGAAGAGCAAGAAUUGGGCUAGUGGCUCGUGAUCAUGCAGUCAGAAUCUUGGCUACCAAAAAACUUUCAAAACCAUGUCUAAUGGAUCCUCUACUAGCUGAAGGUAUAGGUGGAUUAUAUGCAGCAAAAAUGGCCAAUGAGAUGGAAUACAGAUCAGUUAUAAAAUAG